UCAGAAACCCUUCCCGGCAUCAAAAUGCAGCGUCAGCGCUCAGGUUCCGAUGAAAGAAUUCACAUAGUUACUCUAGAUGUGCGAAAUUACAGCCCUGACGAGGUCAGUCUACGAGUUGAGGGGGACAUCUUAGUCGUGAAGGCUAAACAUUACUCCGACGGGAACUUUGGUUUUGAACGCAGUGAGUUCCAGCGAACUUAUCCUGUCCCGCAAGAUGCAGAUCCCGCUAGCAUUACAUCAAAAAUAUCCAAGGAUGGUUAUCUGACUAUUGAAGCCACUAGAAAAAUUGUCAAGACAGAAGACGAUUUUCCGCUCGGAGGGUUUGAAACGCGCGCGGGAGAGGUAGCUCGAAUCGAUGAGAAGAAAUUCAGUGUGUUGUUAGAUGUGACAAACUUCGCGCCCGAGGAGAUCAAAGUGAAAGUUGUUGGCAAUGAAUUGACCGUUAGCGCAUCACACGAAUCCGAAACAGAGGGGCAUUACACUUCCCAGAAGUUUAAUCGUCAAUUCGUUUUGCCCAAAGACGUCGACAUGAAUUCUGUCGUGUCGCGUCUCACUGAUGAAGGAAAACUUCUGGUCGAAGCCGAAAGGCAAGCAUUGCCUCCCCCUAAGGAGAGAUUUAUCAGCAUUGAGAAGGGAAAAAAGGACUGAGGUGAACAGAAACAGUGCUGUAUGAGCUGACAUUGAGCGCCACGAAUUUAUUACUUUUUCGUCAAUUGAUAAAUUGUGAGCAGAAAGGUUUAAGUAACAAGAUAAUUUUUCAGUCUCCUAAACGAUGUGCGGAGCUAGCAUAAGUGUAUUUUGUAAUUUAGAGGAUUAGAUCACUAUUUCAGAGAAAAAUAGAUGAAAAUUUCUUCA